CUCCACCACCGCGGGCCCCGGUGUCCCCGGCCAGCACUAUGCCCAUCUUACUGUUCCUGAUAGACACGUCUGCCUCUAUGAACCAGCGCAGCCAUCUGGGCACCACCUACCUGGACACGGCCAAAGGCGCGGUAGAGACCUUCAUGAAGCUCCGUGCCCGGGACCCGGCGAGCCGCGGCGACAGGUAUAUGCUGGUGACUUUCGAAGAGCCGCCCUAUGCCAUCAAGGCUGGAUGGAAAGAAAAUCAUGCAACGUUUAUGAAUGAAUUGAAAAACCUUCAGGCUGAAGGACUUACGACUCUUGGCCAAUCCCUAAGGACAGCUUUUGAUUUAUUAAAUUUAAAUAGAUUAGUAACUGGCAUAGACAACUAUGGGCAGGGAAGAAACCCUUUUUUCUUGGAACCUGCAAUAAUUAUAACAAUUACUGACGGGAGCAAGUUGACUACUACCAGUGGAGUCCAGGAUGAGCUCCAUUUACCUCUUAAUUCUCCUUUGCCUGGAAGUGAAUUGACCAAGGAACCUUUUCGUUGGGAUCAGAGACUCUUUGCAUUAGUGUUGCGGUUGCCUGGUACCAUGUCAGUAGAAUCAGAACAGUUGACUGGUGUUCCUUUAGAUGACUCUGCAAUCACACCAAUGUGUGAAGUGACAGGCGGCCGCUCUUACUCUGUAUGCUCUCCAAGAAUGCUUAAUCAAUGCCUAGAGUCCUUGGUACAAAAAGUACAAAGUGGGGUUGUGAUAAACUUUGAAAAAGCAGGACCAGAUCCCUCUCCUGUAGAAGAUGGUCAACCAGAUAUAUCAAGGCCUUUUGGAUCUCAACCUUGGCAUAGCUGUCACAAACUCAUCUAUGUCAGACCAAAUCCUAAGACUGGGGUUCCUAUAGGUCAUUGGCCUGUUCCAGAAUCUUUCUGGCCAGAUCAGAAUUCUCCGACACUACCACCUAGAACAUCUCAUCCUGUAGUGAAGUUUUCCUGUACUGACUGUGAGCCCAUGGUUAUUGACAAAUUGCCUUUUGACAAAUAUGAGUUGGAACCUUCACCAUUGACUCAAUUUAUUCUGGAACGGAAAUCGCCUCAAACAUGUUGGCAGGUAUAUGUGAGCAAUAGUGCAAAAUAUAGCGAACUUGGUCAUCCGUUUGGUUACUUGAAAGCCAGUACAGCACUGAAUUGUGUCAACUUAUUUGUGAUGCCUUAUAAUUACCCAGUCCUCCUUCCUCUUUUAGAUGACUUGUUUAAAGUACAUAAAGCAAAACCAACAUUGAAGUGGAGACAGUCAUUUGAAAGUUAUUUGAAGACAAUGCCUCCCUACUAUCUUGGGCCUUUGAAGAAAGCUGUCAGAAUGAUGGGAGCACCUAACCUAAUAGCAGACAGUAUGGAAUACGGACUUAGUUACAGUGUCAUUUCAUACCUCAAAAAACUUAGUCAACAGGCCAAAAUAGAAUCUGAUCGAGUCAUUGGAUCUGUAGGCAAAAAAGUAGUACAGGAAACUGGAAUUAAAGUUCGAAGCCGAUCACAUGGUUUAUCAAUGGCAUAUAGGAAAGAUUUUCAACAGCUGCUCCAGGGAAUUUCAGAGGAUGUUCCUCAUAGACUGCUAGACCUAAAUAUGAAAGAAUAUACUGGGUUCCAAGUUGCUUUGCUCAAUAAGGAUUUGAAGCCACAGACAUUUAGAAAUGCAUAUGACAUACCAAGACGGAAUCUUUUGGAUCACUUAACAAGAAUGAGAUCUAAUCUUUUGAAGAGCACUCGCAAAUUUCUUAAAGGACAAGAUGAAGAUCAAGUGCACAGUGUUCCUAUAGCACAAAUGGGAAAUUACCAGGAAUACCUCAAGCAAGUACCUUCACCACUAAGAGAACUUGAUCCUGAUCAGCCUCGAAGGUUGCAUACAUUUGGUAAUCCCUUUAAGCUAGAUAAAAAGGGUAUGAUGAUAGAUGAAGCAGAUGAAUUUGUGGCUGGACCUCAAAAUAAACAUAAACGACCUGGAGAACCAAAUAUGCAAGGAAUUCCUAAAAGACGCCGCUGUAUGUCUCCACUACUAAGGGGCAGACAACAGACUCCAGUUGUGAAUAACCAUAUUGGAGGAAAAGGACCACCUCUACCUACGACUCAAGCACAGCCAGAUCUUAUUAAACCCCUUUCUCAUCAUAAAACUUCAGAUGCCACUAAUGAUUCGACAAUAGAUGACGUAAUUGAAAAUCAUGUUGCAGAUCAACUUUCAUCAGAUAUUACACAAAAUGCAAUGGAUACUGAAUUCUCAACAUCGUCUGCCAAUUUACUGGAACGACCAAACAAUCAUACAGAGGCUCUUGGUCAUGACCAUUUAGGAACUAAUGACCUCACUGUUGGUGGAUUUUUAGAAAAUCAUGAAGAGGCAAGAGAUAAAGAACACUGUCCUGAAGAGAAUGUACCAACAUCUUCACUCAGCAAAGGAAAAAAAUUAACACAUUGCAGAAGCCAUGAAGAGGUCAACACUGAACUAAAAGCACAAAUAAUGAAAGAGAUCCGAAAGCCAGGAAGAAAAUACGAAAGGAUCUUCACUUUACUGAAGCAUGUGCAAGGCAGUUUACAAACAAGACUAAUAUUUUUACAAAAUGUUAUUAAAGAAGCAGCAAGGUUUAAAAAACGAAUGCUAAUAGAACAGCUGGAGAACUUCUUGGAUGAAAUUCAUCGAAGAGCCAAUCAGAUCAACCAUAUUAAUAGCAAUUAAAAGAGAACAGAAUGUGGCCACUUAUUUCACUAUCUUCUCCAAAUACAAAGUAAAUACAAGACUGUUGUGAUCUUGCAUUCAUUUUUUGACAUGCAUUGUUGGCUAUUUGAAAUACUAAGAACAAGUCUACAGAUCCUUUUCCAUCAUUUUACAGUGACCUUUUCUUCAUUUUGGUUUAUUUUUGUAAUGUGAAAAGUAUCACUCUAAAAACAUUUUUAUUUAACAAACUAAAAAUAUUCCUCCAAAUCUCUUGCUUGUCAUUGACUCUUGCGUGUCAAUUUCCCUCAGGUUCUAUUUUCUUAAACCAACCUUUAAACUUGUCACCUCUGUUAAGGUUGAACUUUGCCAAAAAAUAAAAGAAAUAAGUUACUUUGUAAUUUUUGGGGAAAAAAGCACAUACAUUAAAACUAGGUAAUGUUUUGUAUAUACAGUUAUUUUGGAUAUAUUAUUGUAAGUUGUACAAAUGUAUUUUGAAGAAUAUUUAAGAAAAGCACUUUUGUUAUUCCAUCAAUAAAUGCUCUAUUUUACUCUUGUGUGAUUUAGGAAAUAAUCACAUUUAAAGUAAUCACUUAAAAUCACCUUAAGAUAAUGGAAUUUUAAAGGCCUUGCUUUUUAAAGCAUUGGAAAAUACACCACUUGACAUUCAUAAUUGUUAAACCUAUCUGUAAUUACAUGUUACUUAAGCUGCAUUGUUUUUUUUGUUUUGUUUUGUUUCGUUUUAUUAUAUGUUCUUAGUUUUUAUUGGCUCUACCAACAUACUUUCAGUACUUUCAUUCUGCCUAGAUAAAAUGGAAAUGAUGGUAUCUUUGGCAGACCAACACCUUUGAGACUGUUUUCAAAAGUAGAUAACCUUUGGAAAUUAUUGGUUUCCUUUCCUUUAACUCCUUUUCCUUUCUCACUAGGAUUGUGGAUGACACUAAGUGGAAGCUGUUGCUUAGGGAGUAGUAAGUUGGGGUACACCACAUAAUACGAAAUAUCUAGCCUUUAUAAACUUGAUGCCCAGCUUCCAAAAGAUCUGCAGAAAAUGGGAGCUUCAAAGGGAAUCUUUUUGUUUUGUUCUCAUAGUCUCACACUUAAAAAUCUUCAUUUUAUUUAGAAACUAAAUAGAAAAUGCAUUUAAGAUAACUUUGCUCAUUUUGUUGUUCAUCCCAAGUUGUCCAAGAUAAAAAUAAUAUGACACCCUUUAUUCUGAACCCACAGUCCUGAAUGGCCUUGUAUAUCCUUAUCGGGGGUGUGACCAUAAGACCUGACUCACCCUUUAUAGAUCACUGCUGUGCCUUGUAGUAUUUUGGGGUUGACCAUUAGAAGCGAAAGUUGAAAUACAUUUAGAUUAAGAUACAGCAAAGUUUAUAACAUUAUAAUAAAAUUGAAUUAUUUUUAGGUUUGUAUCAUAAUAUUUAAAAAUUAUACCCUUUUUAUGCUUUGGAUGAACAUUUUUAAAAUCUCAAGGGUAUAGUAAAAUGAUUACUUUCUAUGAAGAAAAGCUUAGAUGAAUGUUGAGAAUAUGCUUGAAAUCUGUUCAUUAGUUUUAGGGGAUUUGAAACUUCUCCCAACACUAAAGACCAAGCCUGUCAUGACUAAAAAGCAUUUAAUGUAAUGUUGUAUAAUAUUUUCAUAUGCAGUUCUUUAAAUCUUUUUUUACCUCGACAAAAUCUUUAAGAUAAGUCAGGAUAGAUUUAACAGAUGGACUUGGUAAGGUCAUGUUGUAAGUCAUAUUGCUAAAAUCAGUAAGAGCUAUAAAAUCUAGAAUUGUCCCAAUGUUAAAUUACAAAUAU